UCCAUGCUACUGCUCACAUCACAUCACACCACCACAACUUGAUUACAAAAUUGUCCACACUCUAGAUUUCCAUACCUGCUGCCACCGAAUGUAAUCCCCCCUCUAUAAAUACCAUCUAUUUCAUUUCGCUUUUCCAUCGCUUGACUCUUGUAAUUUCUCUACCACCAACAUGAAGAGGCAGAGAGGUGUGGCUGUGAACGCUGUUGUUAUGCCCACGAACAAUCCUCCCAAUGUUGAAGAUGUGACGGCAAUGGGGAAGAAGAAAGUGAAGAAAGAGGGUGAGCAGAAGGUGGGGAAGAGUGUGGUGGAGGACGAGGAGAGAAAGGAAAGUUCUAGAGACAUGGUGGGUGGGUUCUUGCAGCAGCAACAGGGAGCAAGAGACGGUGGCAUGAUGGGUUGGAAUUGGGAGGAGAAUAAUCAGAAUAUCCCUUGGUUGAGAGGUGUGGUUGAUGAGCAAAUGUCAUGGGGUUCCACCUGGGUCCCUGCUUGGGACAUGGACUUCUUGGGGGGUGAUGCUUUCACUGACCUCUACAAUGAUGUUGUUUGGGAUGAUGAUAUCUGGAAUCUCAACAAUCAAAUUCCAAUUCCCCUCGAUACCAAGAGGUUUGAUUGGGGGUAGAGAUUGUAGUAAACAACACUGUUUCUCAAGCCUCAUCGUCUUUUAUGUUUCUCUUAGUUAGGGAUGGAAUUUCAGUGCUUUCUUUCAAUUAUAUAUGUUCAAUUCUCUCCCUAUAAUGCUAAUUUGGCUGAUCGAGGUUCGUCACCGCCUACUGUAAAUUUGUCUAUUUGAGUUUGUAAAUAUUCUUAUUCGCAAAAUCUUGUAACUGGGUGACGAUUUCAAGAUGGAAAUGAAAAAGUUCCCCAAAUCUGGUAUGAAUAGUGAAAAACGUUCACCGGAUGUGAAAUAUCGGAAAGUAUGUCAAAAUGUUUGAGAAGAAUAUUUGGUAUUCCAUUUACAAAAAGUUGGCGUGUAUGUGGGAUAAUAGAAAGUUAGGAAAAGCAAUAAAAUUUGGAAACCGGUUCCUCAUCACACGAAGAAUGUGGAAAUGGGAAACCCCGGCAUUUGUACUAGAGAAAACAUGGGUAGAAGAAGAUUGUUUAUUUUUGGUUCCGAUUGUUGUGUGUGACAUCUCAACAAGACUAAUGUCCUAUUGCUCUCUCUGUCUCGGUGUUAAUGUCACUAUUCGGUGGUCAAUUUGGUAAGAGCAGCAAUGUUCUUUGUUGUAAAGGUGCAUGCGUCCAAAUCCUAUGCUGGCUCUUGAAAGAGCAUAAUACUGUAACGAAGAAUAUCUAGGUCUAGCACUAAACGAAUCUCUAGGCCUGUCAAAUCCUGGAAAUGCUACUGGGUGGAGUCAGACAAGAUGACCCUUGUUUUAGACGUGUAGGGGAGAAACUUAGCUUGGAGACCUUAUUCCUUAUCUUUAAGAAUCUUAUCUUUAACACACCAUCUCAUGAUUUUAUUACGCUAAAAACUAAAGAAUAAGGCUUAAAGUGUACUUCUGAUUUUUUAAGUAUUGUUGACGGAAGACCAGGAAGGAAAUUUGUCGAAGUUGGAACAAUCCCAAUUACUGGUUUA